AUCGCCAAGAAACCUACCAACCCCUUUUGGGCACCAAUUUUGUGCGUGCAAACGAGUUCAGCCACAUUCUAAUGCAAGCCAGGACCCCGAUAGAUGUAUCGAAAAAAUAGGCUCUUCGGGAUGUUGAUUUUAGGAAUAGUUGCCAAGAAAGGCCAUUUUGUAGCCAAAUCGCUAGCCACCCUCCUCCCGAGUUUACGAGGCAUGGGCUUUCUAUGCUACUUGGAAUUUUAGGGCUCAGUCAUUCUGUCUCGAAAGCACCAGCACUAAAUGAUACCGUCAUCAUUGCUAUCGAUUUUGAGGGCAUUAAUACUAUCAAAAGCGGGUUUACCCAGAAGGAGAAUAGUCAAGUUGGAUUUGCGAUUCUCGAUACCAAGGAGCUUCGCCAGGUCCCACCAGAAAAGCUUAUUUCAACCCUAAACUUUGCUACGGGAUCGUCAUCAUACGUUACAAAAGCAUCUAAUAAGUAUCUCUUUGGAGAGACAAUCACGAUUCAACCAUCGUCCAUAGUACAAACAAUUCAAUCACAUAUUCCUCAAGAUCGCAACGUGGUACUUGUGGGCCACGGUAUCCUGAACGAACUCCAGGCUUUACAGGCUUUGGGAUUCGAGUUUAAACGGCCACCUUCUGGGAUUCUGGAUACGUCGCGUAUUGCUAAUGAAGUGUUUCAAUUCUGGGGCGGCUCUCUCGGCGACCUGCUAGGUGGCUCUUCUCCUUUUAGUAGCGAAGUGUGCAUUAGUCAACAACAAGAUGACGAGGUAUUGGAUAUCUUACGGGAUAUCUCAACCUGCCCGACUCCUCCUUAUAUCGACCCUGAAAUUAAAGCGGCAGAAAGGCGGGAAAAGAGGCUGGUAAGGAGUCGGAAGCACUAGUCAAAGUUAUGGAGUAAGGAGAAGCAGGAUCAAAUCCGUGCUGCUCGAGAAACGAGGCGGCGCGAACAUGUUUUGGCCCCGAAGAGCCUCGAGGCGGGCGCUAUAAUAGUAGCACAAGAAGAAUAGGGUUCUCACUCUAUUACCUCGA